CGCCACCAUCAUCUCCAUAUCCUCCUGUUGAACAAGGCCGGACAGCAAGUCGGACAGAUGCUCAGGACCCACCUCGUCGGCUCAUCGCCCUGAGUCCAGCAUGUCUUCGUCUGCCUCGCGUCUUCGGUCGCGUCUGGCCCGGGAUGAGCUCGAUACGGCUCAGACUUCUUCGGUGACGGAGAACUUCGUCCUCAUCGGCACUCCGCUCCCUGCCCUUGACAAGCGGGAUCCUAACGAAGGCAAACCGGUCUGGGAGCAAGAAGUGAGAGACGAGCAAGGAAGAAGGAGGUUCCACGGAGCUUUCACUGGAGGAUGGUCGGCUGGGUACUAUAACACGGUCGGGUCCAAGGAAGGCUGGACUCCAUCGACCUUUGUGUCCUCCCGAUCUGGCAAACCGGAGGACAAGAUUCGAAGUAGGCCGGAAGACUUCAUGGACGAGGAAGACCUUGCAGAUACGGAGGCUGACAGGAAAAUCAGUCAGCGAGACGGCUACUCCAGCCAGGCUAAGCUGGACAAUCGCCAUGCUAAUGAUGACGUCCUCGGAGACUUGCUAGGGCUGGGCAAGGCAGCCAGACAGCAGUUGGAGGCUGGCGGAGAGGGUAUAUCGAGCUCAGGACUUAUCGCACCCAAGUCCUCUUUGGGACAUCGUAUCCUCGCCCGCAUGGGCUGGAAAGUCGGCAGCGGCUUGGGCAAGCCGCUUAAGGUCGGGGUGCCCAUUGCUGAUACACCAAUGCCAGCGAUCAUUGAAGGAGCUAGCAAGAAGGACACACAUGGUCUGGGUUGGACAUUACAGACAAGCAGCGGUGGAGCUCCGAGCCUUGCAGACGCUCUACAGGCUGCGAGGAGCGAUGCUCAGGCCAGCUCCCGAGGGUUCGACAUCUCUGCGCUAGAAGAAGCAGAUGAGGAUGAUGUGAGGGACAUCUAUGGGUCGUCAGAAAGCAUUCAAGAUGUCAUACGGAGACGGAAAGAUCAACAGAUGAUGAAAGCCCCGUCUAGAGAGCCAUUUGCAGACAAAGCCAUGGCAUCUUCCUCUGUGAAGCUCAAUGGAGCCACAAGGUCAACAUGGCGUGAUGGACGCGCCCUUCCCGAAGGCUUCGUUAUCGAAGACGGAUCAGUCAUCGACGGUCGUACAGAGCAGACGCAGAGCGACUGGUUCGCUCCACCAGUAGUACCGCCCGGGUGGACACCUGACCCGCUCAAGGUCUGGAGUCAAGCGAAGGGGACGGCUGGGCCGCCGCCCCCUGCCUCUGCUUCUGCCACCUCGCUGAGCAAGCCCACUAUACUCCCGCAUCAGAUCAAAGCAGCAGACAGAGGCCAGCUCCUUGGUGAGGCUCGAAUGCCUGGUCCUCCCCCUAGUCUUUCCAGCUACCUGCCUGGCGGUCCACCUCCAGCAACUGUUGAAGCGGCGCCAACUUCUAUCAAAGUGCCUCGACUCGACGCCACCACAGCUCGAAAUGCCCUGAAGGGCUUCCUCCCUUUCGGCAACGACGCGCAGAAGCAGAAGCGCUACGUGGCCUACCUUGAGCUUCAGGCUGAUCCAGCAUCUAGCCGGGACGGUACGAUGCCGGUGCCAGCAGGCACGAUUGCCUCUCAGCUCUCGCAAGAGGUGGAGGAGUUUGCUCGCUCAGCAAGCAUCUUUAAGCCCCUCAGCUCCGCCAUGGCCUCUCGAUUCGCUAGUGCGUCCACAGUCGAGGGCGGUGGGGAUGCUCACGUCCCCGUCGGUGGACUGUACCAGCCUGAGAUCAAGUCGAAGGUUACCAUCGAGGAAGAGGCAAAGCGACAAGCCAAGCAAGAGGAAGAGCGAUUGCAGAAGGAGAAGGAGGAAAAUAUGAAUGAUCGACAGAGGGCUGCCAAGGCUGGCAUGUUUGGCCAUCUGACGAGGCAGGUGACAGCUUGGUACCCUCCGAGAUUGCUCUGCAAGCGCUUUGGUGUGCCUGACCCUCAUCCUGAGCGAAGCAGAGACGCCGUUCAGUACGACGGUGACGAUCGGGCUUACGGGAGGCCGGCGGAUGGAGGCGGCGACCCCUUCUCUGGGGCCGCGGGAGGAGUCAAGGAGGAGCGCUACGCACGAUCUGAAGCUCGUCGGGAAUUGAAGAGGGGCGAGGAGCGCUGGGAACGCAGCAGGCGCGAGCUGCUAGGAUUGGUCGGGGAGCGACACUGGGAGGGUCAGGGUGGACAGCCCAUCAGUGACUUCAGCUCUGGAGGCCCUGAUGGUUCUGAGAAGGAAGAUGCGAAUGGCUCCUCUAGUACUGGAGCAGAAUCCCGUGCCAAACCCCUCGAUCUGGAGCAAGUGGGACUCGGCGAAGACGAAGAGGCCCUGAAGGAGAUCGACUCUUUCGUCAAGCCCUCGCGGGAAGUCUUCAAGAGCGUUUUUGCCCCCGACGAGCAGGAUGAGGUCGAUCAAAUACCACUACUACAACCAUCGGCAGCAGAAGAACAACGUCAUUCCGUGACACUACCGCUGCCCACAAUGGAGACCGAGCUGGAUUCAAGAACGAAGCAAGGACCGUCAGCACCGGGCGAAGUCGGCAGCUACACCACUCCAUCUACUGCUCCUAGCAAACCCACAUUCAUCCCACGCAACAAGCGCUCCACUACCGGCGACGGUGCAAAGCCUGGUGACGCAGGCCCCAAGAAGCGGAAGAAGGACACGAAGAAGAUGAGCGGAGCCUUGACUUUCAGCUUUGAUGAUGAAGAGGAAGAUGCUGCUGGUAGUGGAGGGAGUAGUAAGGAGGUGAUGAAGGCAACGAAGCGCAAGGGGGAUGCAUCGAAGAAGGAAGGGGACGGAGAGAAAGGGGGAGAAGCUGAAUCUGCGAAGAAGGCUGCUCCUAGUCGCAUGAGAGCUGCUGACCUCUUCUGAGCGAGCAACGGAGGGGCAAGAUCACAUCUGUAACACUAUAUCAUAGCCUUUGCUUCAAUACACUACACUCCGUCGCACUG